CGUAUCUCCCGGUAAAACACUGCGCCAGCUUGUAAAGUACAACAACAGUGGACACAGAAUAAUGGACAACAAUAGCCUCAAAUACAAACUUCGAUAUAGAAUACCUAAAACGCAUCAGCAUCUAGUAUCUACUGUGGAAAUUAGUCCCGACGGUCACACUAUCGCAACAUGUUCGGCUGACAAAACCGUCAAGCUCUGGGAAGCACAAACAGGAAAGUUGCUUGCCACACUGCGAGGACAUAACGAAGGUAUCUCCGACAUAGCGUUUUCGUUUAACAACAAGUAUCUAGCUAGCGCAUCUGAUGACUUGACAAUCCGCAUAUGGGAUCUCAAGUACGAGAAAACAAUCAAACUUUUGAAAAACCACACAUACCACGUGAAUUGCUUGAAAUUCGACAAAAGAUCACGAAUACUAAUCAGCGGGUCGUCCGACGAAAAUAUAAGAGUGUGGGAUUGCAAAAGAGGCCGUAGUAUGCGGACAUUGAGCGCCCAUUCCGACCCGAUCUCAAGCUUGGACCUCAGCUUCGACGACACAAUCAUCGUAAGUGGCUCAUAUGACGGGUUAAUCAGAUUGUUCGACACCGAGACAGGAGGAUGUUUGAAAACAUUGAUCUACGACAAAGAAGGCUCCUCUUUUCCUAUCAGCCACGUGUGCUUCUCCCCAAACUCCAAAUACAUUCUCUCAAGCUCGUUGGAUGGUGUUCUCAGAUUAUGGGAUUACAUGAAUAAUAAAGUGCUGAAAACCUACAGAAAUGUAGAUGGUUUACCCAUUGCUGAAAAAUACUCGUUAGGAACGAAUUUUAUUGUCUACAAUAAUGAAUCAAUGAUCAACUCUGGAGAUGAGCAAGGUAACAUUUUGUUCUGGGAUAUUCAGUCACAAGAGUUACUUUUCAACCUGAAGGCUAGCGAGUGUGAUAGUCCAAUAAUGCAGGUGAAGAGUCACCACUCAGGCAAAAGCCUUGUGUCAGUCUCACUAGAAGGAGAACUUUGUGUUUGGGAUUACGUUGUACAAUAAGUUUUGAACCACUAAUCAAUAAGUCUUUGUAUUUCAAUUUGUUUAGCACGAAACAUGUAUAUUUCUGUACCAACAAACUAAUACUAUUUAACCAACUAACACGUUUUUGUUU